AUGCCAAUCUCACCAAGUCCCAAAAGGUAUACUUCCUUCACACAUAACAUUAAUAACGACAAUAAUGUACGAUAUAAUCCAGAUCAUCAAGGUCUUUAUGGGGACCGUAGACAUUAUUCCGAUAUAUAUCCACCUCGUUCUCGGGGAGGAAUUGGUUUAGGACGAUCAGAUGCUAAUAGAAUAAUAGAACCCAAAUCUUACCAAGACGAUAUUUUAUUGCCUGAAGAAGUUAAAUUAUCAUCAAGAAGAUUCGAUGAGUUAAUUAAACAAAAUAAAGAUUUGAAAAUGGAAUUGAAUAGGAAAAAUGAUGAAAUUGAUAAAUGGACUAUAUUAUCAAGCUCUUUGAAGACAAAAUUGAUUAAGUAUACAAGAUUGCAUGAACAAGAUCUUUUGAAAAUUCAAUCUUUAAACGAUGAAAUUCAAUCCUUAACUGCACAAUUCAAACUAGAUAGGAAUGACAAGAAUAUUUUGACUACACCACAUCUUCCUCCUCCGUCACAAGAAGAAGACCCUUUGGAAAAAAAUGUUCGUAAUGAUGAUGAUGAUGAUGAAGAAAUAGCUGAAUCAGAUCGCAAUGAAAAGUUAUUAAGAAAGAUAGAAUUGUUGACUGAUAUAAUCUACAAGAAUCAAUUGAAAGAUCGCUUAGAAGCUGCUACCCAUUCAGAAACUGUAAAUGAUUCUAACAGCCACAAUGCUGCUCCGAAAGAUGAAUUACUGAAACCACAGCAAUCUCAAUCACAAAAUAAACAAUACUACCCUACUGAAGAAACAAUAUUAUCACAGGAAAGCUUUGAAUUAAAAACAUUAGAAGAACAAAUUGAAAAGAUAAAACAUAGACUAUCAAUAAAACAAGAAAACGAACAAAGAAAGAUUUCACUAAAUAAAGAAUUAAGAGAUUUAAUGUUGAAAUUAGAACCUAACUCAACUAUCCCAGCAUCGAAUAUGGCACAUAUAUACCCAGCUAAUGAUUUGACGCGAUCAUGUUCAUCUGUUGAAGAGAUUUCGUCUCUUGCAUCUACUCCAACUUCUUUGGGUUCCGUGGAGCCAAAACAUCAUCCGAGAGCAAAUAGAGGUCAUAUAAACGGCAACAAUAUUAAGAGGAAACCGUCAACAAGAGUGGAACCACCUAAAGAUGAAUAUGAGACUCCAAUACGGGAUAAAAAUUCAAAUUUUUCUCCAACAAAAAUCAACAAUGGUGAUGUUACCAUCGAUGAUAUGAGUCUUUGA